AUGUCAGACACUGAAUCGAAGCAUGAGGACGCAACGCCGUACGUGGAACCGGUGGAGGUUGAGAAACCUCCAGACGGAGGUUGGCAGGCUUGGUUGAUGGUAUUUGGGGUACACCUCACCAUCUUCAACACUUGGGGUUACAUAAAUGCUUUUGGUGUAUUUCAAGCCUACUACGUCGAAGCAUUCAAUGAAACGCCCUCGACGAUAUCAUGGGUGGGCUCUAUUCAGAUCUUCCUUCUUUUCUUCCUCGGAACCUUCACUGGGCGAGCUCUUGAUGCUGGCUAUUUCCGACCAAUGUACUUUGUGGGCUCAAUUAUGGUCUGUCUGGGGAUGUUCACAGCUUCCUGUGCGAGAACCUACUGGCAAAUAUUCCUCUCACACGGCCUGUGCGUUGGUAUUGGAGGUGGAAUGCUCUUUUGCCCUAGUAUGGCACUGUGCUCUACCUACUUUCAAAAGAAAAAGAGCUUUGCACUAGGUAUUGCGGCAUCGGGGUCAGCUACUGGAGGAAUAGUUAUUCCGGUGGUAGUGAAGACUCUACUACCGCAAGUUGGAUUCGCAUGGACAAUGAGAACGGUGGGAUUGAUAACCUUGGUGACCUUGGGGUCAGUAAAUUUCAUCUUAAAACCAAGAUUAAAGCCAAGGAAAGCUGGCCCCAUAGUUGAAUGGGCUGCAUUCAAAGAACUUACAUACGUCCUAUUUGCCGCUGGAAUGUUCCUAAACUUCUGGGGCCUCUAUUUUGCCUUCUUCUAUAUUUCCGCCUUUGCCCGGACUCAAAUUGGCCUUGACCAAGGAACUGCCUUCAAUAUGGUGAUCAUCAUGAACGCCGUUGGUAUGCCUGGCCGUCUCGUGCCCAACUACUAUGCGGACGGCCGAGUUGGUCCCUUAAACCUUCUUGUUCCUACAUGCUUUAUCGUCGGAAUUCUCGUAAUAGCCUGGAUGCGCGUAAACUCAUACGGUGGACUUAUUGCCUGGGGCUGCGUCUACGGCUUCUGUGCAGCAGGAAUUCAGAGCCUUUUCCCAGCCACACUGAGUAGUUUAACCACUGACCUUUCAAAAGCUGGUACGAGAAUGGGAAUGGUAUUCACUAUUGUAAGUCUUGCCACUUUGACGGGGUCGCCAAUUGGAGGGGCCUUGGUUCAGAUGAAGGAUGGCAGCUACUGGGCGGCACAGCUCUUUGCGGGGUUGGUGCUACUGGGUGGUGGAACUCUACUAGCGGUAAGUAGGGUUGCAAAGGUGGGACUGGACUGGAGGGUGAGGGCGUGA